GAGAUCAAAAUAUGAAGAUAUAAAAAUUUGUCAACAAUUUCUUUCCAAAUAAAUAGAAAAGAUCGUUACUUCUUCCCAACAGAGUUCACUUCUUCUCCUUUCCGCCUCACGCCGGUCACGCCCCGCCCUUCACAGUCCGUUGUUUUCCCUUCUGAAAAAGUUCAUCCCCCGCCGGCAGCCUCACGCGGUUCAUUCCGCAUCUGCCUCAAUCUGCCACCUCCUUCCAUCAUUGCCACGCUGCAGGAGUAACUGUCUAGAUUGUGUGAAAAGGGAGAAAUAAGAAAAAUGUUUUUCCACAUAGUACUGGAACGAAACAUGCAACUUCACCCUCGCUACUUUGGUCGUAACCUUCGCGAAAAUCUUGUUUCCAAGCUCAUGAAAGACGUCGAAGGCACUUGCAGUGGUCGACAUGGAUUUGUGGUGGCGGUUACAGGGAUUGAAAACAUUGGGAAAGGGAUAAUUCGUGAUGGGACAGGGUUUGUGACAUUUCCCGUUAAGUACCAAUGUGUUGUCUUCAGACCUUUUAAGGGAGAGAUCUUAGAAGCUGUUGUUACCAUGGUGAACAAGAUGGGAUUUUUCGCUGAAGCUGGACCAGUUCAAAUCUUUGUUUCAAACCAUUUGAUUCCAGAUGAUAUGGAAUUCCAGUCUGGAGACAUGCCAAACUAUACUACUUCAGAUGGAUCAGUUAAGAUCCAGAAAGAUAGUGAAGUGAGACUAAAGAUAAUUGGGACUAGAGUGGACGCUACUGAAAUUUUCUGUAUAGGCACCAUAAAAGAUGAUUUCUUGGGUGUGAUCAACGACCCUACAGCAGUUUAAAGGCACCUUUCUGUACCCUUCUAUCGAGUAGCUUCCAUGUCAUGGACUGUUACAUCUGAAAUAUCAUAUAGCUUAAGACUUAAGUUACCGAAUCGACAUAUAGUUUACUUUUAUUGAUGUAUCAAAUUAUCUUAUGUAGUUUGUAUUUGUCAACUACCUUUGUACUGCAGCGAAAAUUGAUUUCGUGUCAUCAUUUUGUUGAAGUUAAUCUUGGCUUCCGAAAUAUUAGCAACAUAUAAA